ACAGCUAAGGGGAUUCCGAGAGUGGCAAACGAGUUCAGUCUCAGCCGAUAGAAGGGGCGCGGAGCCCGGCGAGCCUCGGACAGAUACCCGGGGGUGCUGUUUAUUCGUUUGGACUGUUGUUUCGGACUGACACAUCGCUGUACCGCGCUGUACAGUUAAAGCGGGCUGUUCUAAAGGAAAGGACACUAAAGACUGGCGGUGAAAGACUUUACCGGAGGAUUUUUCUGCCCGGGGCUGCGGGAGGAGCAGCAGCAGGAGCGGGUUACGGUCAGGCGGGUAGCGGCGGCGGCAGCAGCAGCAGCAGCUGCAGGUCCCGUGUGGCCCGAGCUGAAGAACAAGGGAAUAGAAAGACUACAGAAAGCCCCUUGGGCUUUGUGACGGACAUCCCAAACAUCCAGCAGGAUGGAAUGCUUCAGCAGAGUGGUGGAGUGCUCCUGCUGACUCCCUGCUAGCUGUUCUCCUAAGCCUACUCCAGAGCUGCGUGGGUUUAGUCGUUUUGACACAGAAACACAAGAAUGCCAGCUGGGUUGCCCUAUGAUGGCAUUUCGAGCCCCAAAUGCUUUUUCACGUAAAACAGUGUGAGCGGACCUCUCAGCACCCUCCUAGACGUUUCUGCACUGUUCAUCCAUGGCACAGCAGUCACUAAGACAUUUUCAGUAGUUGUCAACAAUCACACAAGGGGAGCCUACUAUUGAACAUGACUCAUGGGGAGGAGCCUGGCCCUGAGACACACCAGGAUUCAGCUGUUUUAACUUAUCUGGAAGGUUUACUAAUGCAUCAGGUGGCGUCUGGGCCUGGUCCCACAGCAACAAGGAGAUCAGAGGCUGGCAACAAUGAUGGGGAGCCUGGAAACCAGGGGACCAGGGGCAUUCAGCUACCCAAUCAUGGCUCGAGCCCACCAGAGAAAGGCAGCCCCCCUGGAGCAUCCUCCCAGCACCUUAAAAAGGCCAGAUUGUUGCGUUCAGGGGCUUGGAGUGAGGUAGAGAAAGAGAGGAAAAAAGACGCUCCCAUGGGGCAAGUGAACGGGCAGGUCAAGGAACACCAUAAAGCAGCCCUGGAUAGUUCUUCACAGGGAGAGAGCACACUGCUGGCCUCUCUGCUCCAGUCCUUUAGCUCGCGCCUACAGACCGUGGCCAUGUCACAGUGCAUCACCCAGAGCAACAAACAGCUUGAUGGAGAGAGCAAUGAGAGUGCUCCCGCUGACAAGGACACCUUCCAGGGCUUCUGUACCGCCUCUAGUCGCCUCAAAGGUCUAAUGAGGAAAAACAAGCAACAGAACCACAACACCGUGCCUUACAGUCGCCGUAACAGCCAAGACCGGCGCUCAGAGUCCCCUCGCAACUCACAGAGCUCUGCGACUGACUCCAUGUCCUGUGCAGAGCGCUUAAAAGCUGUGGCCACUCUUGUAAAGAACAGGUCCAGUCCUGCCUCUUCCCCUAAGCCCAGCGUGGCCUGUAGUCAGUUGGCGUUGCUGCUCUCCAGUGAAGCCCAUCUGCAGCAAUAUUCCCGAGAGCAGGCCUUAAAAGCACAAUUAUCUGGCCGAACAGCCAGCGAGAGGCUGGCAGCCAUCGCUACGCAGCAAACGAUGGAUAAGAGACCGAGAGAGUCGUUGAUUGCCCCAGACAUGCUAAGCUCCUUAAAUGCCCUAAACGGAGCACUCCCCUCACCACCAUUAAAUUCCAGCAAGAGGAGCCCUUCCCUGACCCCAAAUCAAAAUGUAUCCACCAGCUCCCCUCGGCCCUCUCCCCAGCUCCCUAAAGAGAAACGCCCCUUUGACAGACCCAGCAGUAGGCCUCCGCAGAACUGCAGCAGCUUGCUCCUGCUCCUCCUCAACAACCACAACUCCCAAAAGAAUCUCACCAAGAACGGGCAUCUGGAGGAUGACUGCGCCGCCCCUCCUAGCCAAGCCUCUUCCCAUCAGUCCGACAGCGAGUAUUCCAACCAGGAGAACAGCUUGACCAAAGACAGUAGUGACGCAGAGAGCUGCUACUCCAGCUGCUCCCCUAUUGACCUCUCAAUGAGGAGCCGAGUUUCCAGCCAAAAGUCAGAGCCCCCCUCCUCUGCUUCAUCUUUGGACAAGCUUACAGAAACUCUUCUAAACAAGUGGAAGCCGGAGACUCCCGGGCCAAAGGUCCCUGAGGCCAGGGAGCUGGAAAUGAGCCCAGACAUGAAAUCCCAUCAUAAGGUCACCCUCAUGCAGUUACUGUUGGACCGCAAAAAUAACGAGAAGGUAAACAAAAUUGCAGAUAAUCCAGAUUUGCAGCAUGACGCAACCCUGAGCAACAUGGCCAGAGGCCCACUUAAACGGCUUGGCACACUGGAGGAGAGCAGGACCCAGAAUGCUCUCGAGCGGCUGACAGGUGGUGGUCUCUCCACUUUCUCUCUGAGUGAAGAUACGAGUAACACUCCUUCCCCUUACUCUUACUCAUCUCCCAUUGUUCAGAACAGUCCAAUGGACCUGUGCAAGUCUAAAAAUCACACCAAUGAAAAGACGGAGCCUGCAUUUAGUGCCAGUAAGCUAUUACAAAAUCUGGCUCAGUGUGGUUUACAAAACCCAUCCCCUUCGCCUCCUUUGCAAACCCACAGGCCAGCGAACAAAAGGCAAAGCCCAGAACUUGAAGUAGAUCGGCCUCAGUCUCUUCUUGAUGGGCUAGUUCCUCCAGUCAAGAGGAACAAAACUCCUUUGUUUGAACCUCCCCCUACCACUUUCACACUAUUUGGACAGGAGCGGUCACCUCCAGCAUCCAUGCAAAUUGAGAACCUCCUGGAGAGGCGCAACGUACUGCAGUUACUGCUGGGCAAUGCCUCCCACAAGGAGAAAUCCAGUGGGAGGAGAAGCACAGAGGCAGCCACUGGAGCUUUUGAAAGGCCUACAGGGGCCUCUGUCAUCUCUGACUGCUCAAACGGACCAUCAUUGAACAUUAAGAUCAAAACAGAGCCAGGAGAGGAGAGUCUUCUUUCAGACAGCUCUGAUGAUGGAGGACGCUGGUGGAGGUCGGGACAUGAGAGACAGAGUCCCCUUGCUAAAGCACAUGACAAUGUCAAAGCGGAGGACUGUCCCACGGAAGCCGCCGCUAAGUAUGGCCUUCUCAGUCAGCUGUUGAAGCAGCAGAGCACUACCUAUCACUCGAGUCCACGUACUGAGCCACAUGUGAGCACAGUGAAAGAGGAGCAGCUGGAUUAUCAGGGGCCGCUUCCUAAAAAGAGGAAACUCUGCUUGGAGCUGGCCGAACACCUCAGCAACGAACUCUGCCAGAGACCGCUGGAUACUGUGAGCGAGCGCCCGGUGUCGGGAACACCCGAGGAACGCAGCAGCAGACGGCUACUGAGCCCGAAAGAAGAGGACUCUUUCAUCAAGGGUCCGGUGGGGAAAGCUCCCACGAGAGACAGCCAAGGCUUCAAUGUUUUGAAGCAGCUCCUUUUGUCAGACAACUGUCUGAAAGAGCUCUCUCAGCCUCGAGGGACCCCCAGCCCUUUCCUCCCUCAGCCGCACUGCAAAGCCAAUGGGAACUUCACUCAUCCCAGUUACAAUUCUGAACUCGUGAACUUUCCGUGGUUCCCCCAGACUCUUAACUCAGGGCCUGGUAAUCUCAAACCACUCUCUUCCCCACCAGGAAACAGCACCCAGGGGUCACCCUGGCCUAAGGGCUCUCCUCGACCCAGUUCCACACCUGUGAAAAAAGAGACGGAAAGCUCACCAAGGUGGGCGAUGGGUGGGGAUUCCAAAAGUGAAUCCAGACCUGAUUCUCCACCUCUAACAAGGUCUAAUCCUAUAUUGUACUAUAUGCUUCAGAGAGGGAACGGCCAGCUCAGAAAGGAGAUGCAGGAUCACGUGCAAAGGACACACUGUGGGGUUACAGUUAAAGAAGAGCCUUUCACUGACAGCAGGUACCAUGAGCACAGACUGAGCACUAUACAGCGCUCUCCCAUCCACAGCGAGAGACAUAGUAACGGUAGCGAGCACCUUAAUGGCUCAUUACAAAAAUUGUGAAUCUGAACUGCCAAAGACUGAGAUUUGUUUGAUAAAUGAGCGCAAGCUACUUUUAUUGGUUAGAUUUUGAUUUAUUUUGUAUUAUGUUUUUUAAACAUCACCCGACAGAUGUGACAGAUUUUGAUGAUGCAAGCUGAUCCAAAAUCUGACAUCUGUAACAACCGGUAAUAUCACCUCUAUCAUCGUAUUUGAUCCCACAUCGCUUUUUGCGAGAUGAUUUAUGUUGGAGAUAUGUCAAGUUUUAUGUAUUAUCUCCAGUUCUGGUUUAUUUGUUUGACUGCAGGCAUCCUUUGAAGUAUGUUUCACGCGGGUCAUAUUUCUCUGUCCUGCACACAAAAAAAAAAAAAUCAUAAAAAUCAUCAAAAGCUGCCUCCUCUUCUACAUCUAAAAUGUUUAUGAAGAACAUGAUUACGCUUAUUAUUGAUGACUCUGAAAUGUUACAGCUAGAUUUAUAUUUAUUUCUAUCUAAGCGGGAAGGUAUUCCAGUUUUCCGAGGCUAAAUUAAGUACAGUCAAAGUACAGUGAUAAGCACAAAGCUGCAUCUCAUGUGUUCGUGGCAUUUGCACGUCAUGCCACAGCAGUAAGUACAGUAAAGUAAGGUAAUGUAACAUACCUGUAACUUGUGAGGUCCCAGUCAGGCUGUUCUAUCCUAUUCUGACUGAGGUAACUGAUAACUUGCUUGAUGAGCUACAAAAAGAGUUGAGCCCAGUAAAAAGUGUCUAUAAUGAGGUUUUAUAUACGGGAAGACAUUGCAGGCAAAGUGAACACCCCUUGUAAGCUAUGUCCAAUUUACAGUGCUUUAAUAUUUUUCAUCAGGAAUGAAUCUGUAGGUGUUGUUUGGUGUUUAAGGCAUGGAUAAAGAAAACUUGAGUGUCAUAUUUUUAGCUGUCAAAAGUAUCUUUUUACAGUUUUGUAUCAUUCAUUGUUUUGUAUUUUAUAUACAUACAGUAUAUGUAGCAUUUCACAGGCUUAUGGUGUCAAAUAUACAUUUUUGAAAAGUCGCUAUGCCCCCUGUGACCCCUCUAUGUUUGAGUCAUUCUAUAAAAGGGUGCCAUUUCUACAGUGCAUUUUUCUAAAUUCGAAGAAAAAAGUUAAAACAUGUGUUUAUAUUUUCUGAUCUAAGACAGAAAAUCUUAUCUUAUUAAUAUUAAUCUGUUUCAGAUAUGGGAGCCACAUUUGCAGAUAAUGUGACGGGGUGAUAACUAAUCUAGUCUUAUCUAAAAUGACCACAGCUAUUUAUUUGAUAACUUUUUUAUUUUAUUACCUAAUUAAUUGGGAGCAUAAUUUCUGUCAUGUUUGACAGUGUGA